UCUACCUUUAAGAGACUCCUCCCGGGUCGAUGUUCAACCCAGUUGCUGAGACACGUGACGGUACGUCAACAAACAUGGCGGACAGAGAAAAACGCCGGUCAGCCGGAUCCGGGUCAUGUCUUGCUGCGACGGUCGCCGAGCCGGGCCCGGCCACUAAGGGUUCCGACCGGGAGUUCCUGUCGCAGGCUGGCGUCGGAGAGCUGCUUCGCGGUGCCUUGUUGAAGAUGGUGGAGGCCCGGCCGGACGACCCCGUAGGCUUCUUAGCUGACCACUUCGGCAGCCUGGCCGCCGCCGUGGUGGAGAGCGGCAGCGAAGACCUCAAGGAGCCGCGUCUGAGCGACGGCUCGUCGGGCGAUGAAGGAGCAAGAGGCGCCCGUGCUCAGCAGCGACUCAAUCGGGCGCUGUGGCAUUUGCGACUGGCCCACCACUCGCAGAGAUCUGCAUUUGGCAACAACGUUCGUGUGGCUUAUGACCUCCUGAGCCUCACGGGACCUUUCGGGCAUGCGGGUGAUAGCAGUCCCGCGGGGGCUCCAGGUGGCGGGGUGAGCGGUGCCUUAUACACUCAAACCCUGCGAUGCCUGUGCGGCGAGGGCGGCGUCCCGGCCUCCACUUCUGCCCCACUACUGUGCCGCCUCCAUUGCCAUGACCAUGAGGCCGUCCCUUAUGGCGUCUUCCGCCACGGUGUGCUGACGUGCGCCGUUUUCUCAGACUACAUCCGCCAGGCGCAGCGGCUCUACGCCCAGGUGUGCCAGCCGGACGAGGGGCCGGCUUCGCGGGCUGCAUGCCUGGCUGUGCUGGGCGCCCUGAGAGAGGCAUUAGAGACAUCGCGCGAUGCUGACUCACCCAGCGUCAAGGCGCUGCGCCGCCUGGAGGCCAGCGCCAAGAUGUCGCCGCACCAGCUGGCGCGGGUCAUGACUGAAGCGCAGGCACGAGGCCCGGCUGGCCACAUGGAUGCCAAGGAAUUUGAGAACGCCGCAGCGGAACUCUUUAUCGCUCGCGUGAAAGUCGUCUCGUAGCAUUCUUUUUACCGUGACAUCACACAUACUUCUGGGCGGAAAGAGACAAAGCCAUCUCCAAUAGUACCGGUAGUAAACAAACACAUUUGUCAUUUGACCAAGGUAGAGCCACUGGGGAAAGAAUAAAUGAUUAUUUCAUAUUUGUAGAUACCUGUGAGAAAAUGCCUUCCACGAACCAAAUCAUAGAA